UCUUCUUCUCUAAAAGCGUCUUCUUUGCAUAAAGCAGCUGCUGCCUCCCUAGCGGACCCAUAAUCUCAAUGACGUAAAAGUAGAUUGCGCAUGCGUCGUCUGGUUACGACACUACUAUGGGUUUGUUUGAUCGACUGGCAACGUGGCUUGGCUUGAAGAAGAAGUCGACUAGCGUUUUGUGUGUCGGUCUCGAUAACAGUGGUAAAACGACGAUCAUCAAUAGACUGAAACCAGAGAAAGCCCAAGCGACGGACAUUGUGCCGACAAUAGGGUUUACUGUAGAAAAGUUUGAUUCUCAAAAUUUGGCGUUUACUGUAUUCGACAUGUCUGGUCAAGGAAGAUAUCGAAAUUUGUGGGAACACUACUACAAAGAUGCUCAAGCAAUAAUCUUCGUCAUAGACAGCAGUGAUCGCUUUAGAGUCGUCGUUGCAAAAGAUGAAUUUGAUCUACUACUUAACCAUCCACAGGUAAAAGAUCGGAAGAUGCCCAUUCUGUUCUUUGCUAACAAGAUGGAUUGCAAGGAUGCUCUAUCAGCUGUUAAGUGCUCACAACUCAUGGCCUUAGAUCAAGUUCGAGAUAAACCUUGGCACAUAUGUGCGAGUAACGCUCUGACUGGAGAAGGUUUAGAUGAGGGUGUUGCUUGGCUGUCAGAUCAAAUCUGUUCGUUCGUGAAGUGACGUGUUAAAAGUAAAUUUUAUUGUAACAAUACGAUUUUUGAAUUGAUGUGAAUAUCAAUGACUUUGAGUUUUGACAGAGUUUGGCUUGGACUGUAAUUCUGGUGUAUUGGGUCAGUAGUAGAUAGAACUUGUGUGCUACACAGAGUACUGUAGUGUUGACGACAAAAGAGUGCUCGGCUGGUCAGAGCCAAAGCAGACAA